AUGGUUCAAGAUGAGGUUGCGCAGGGAAUCGUCUCCCUCCUGGACACAGAUCUUUACAAGUUGACCAUGCAAUGCGCGGUCCUCCAGUACUUCCCGGAUGUCUCCGUGACUUACAGCUUCACGAAUCGAACCCCGCACAUGAAAUUGCGGCGCGCGGCUUACAAAUGGUUGCUGGAGCAGCUGAACAAUUUAGCCAACAUCCGCGUGACCGCUGAGGAGCGCGAGUUCUUGCGCGAAAAGUGUCCUUACCUCAAUGACGCAUACCUCUCCUACCUCGAGACCUUCCAACUCAAUCCCUCCGAGCAUGUUGAAGUCAAGUUCACUCCGACAGAAGACACAGGUAGCGAUGACGACGAGGGAAACGUGGAAUAUCUCAUCAAGGGCCUCUGGCUCGACACAAUCCUUUACGAAAUUCCUCUUCUCGCGUUGACCAGCCAGGCGUACUUCAUGUUCAGCGAUACCGACUGGGAUUAUGAGAACCAAGAAGAGAAGGCAUACCGCAAGGGAUGUACGCUGCUGGAGAAUGGUUGUGUGUUCUCUGAAUUCGGCUCGCGACGUCGACGAGACUACCACACACACGACCUGGUCAUGAAGGGACUUUGCCGCGCCGCAGAAGAAGGACAAAAGCAGGGCUGGCCUGGUGUCCUGUCUGGAACAAGCAAUGUCCACUUUGCUAUGAAAUACAAUAAGGCUGCUGUUGGAACAGUGGCACACGAAUGGUACAUGACGAUCGCGGCGAUCACGGAUGACUACCAGAACGCCAAUGAGCUAGCACUCAGCUACUGGCUUGGCUGCUUUGGCGAAGGCGUUCUCGGCAUUGCGUUGACCGAUACUUUCGGCACACCGGCUUUCCUAGACGCGUUCAGCAAGCCUAUUUCGAUUCCAAACGAGACUGCCGCUGACAAGUCAACGACCACGUACGCGCAGUGUUAUACAGGCGUCCGCCAAGAUUCGGGAGACCCAACAAACUUUGUCAAGAUGGUCCGAGAAUUCUACGACCGACAGCAUAUCACUGAUAAAAAGACAGUGGUGUUCUCAGAUUCGCUGGACAUUGAGCACUGCCUAGAAUAUAAGACAAUUGCUGAGGAGGCAGGCUUCACCCCCACCUUUGGAGUGGGAACCUUCUUUACCAAUGACUACACGAACAAAGCAACUGGAGAAAAGUCCAAGCCACUUAACAUUGUCAUCAAGAUUGCCACUGCAAAUGGCAGCCCCGCUGUCAAGCUCAGUGACAACCUUGGUAAGAACACAGGUGACCAUGCCAAAGUGGUGGAAGUCAAGAAGAAGCUGGGCUAUGUUGAGCAAUCCUGGGAGGAGGGCGACGAAAGUCAUCGUUGGACGAAGCAAGCCUAA